AUGUUCAAGAAGUUUUUCCAGAAACGUCCGCAGGACCUCUAUGACAAUAGUGAGCUCCCUAGAGAGUCUGUGUCUACUGUGGAGCGUGAGAAAGGCCAGCACGAUGUUGUCGAUACUCCAAUCCCUCUGUUCACCGUCCGCUCCUUCGUUAUGGGCAUCUUCGUUUCCAUGGGAGGCUUCCUUUUCGGAUACGAUACUGGCCAAAUCUCAGGCUUUCUAGAAAUGCCCAAUUUCUUGGAGCGCUAUGGCCAGCCUAGUGGAGAUGGAACUUUUCAUUUCAGUAAUGUGCGCUCUGGUCUAAUUGUCGGUCUGCUAUCUAUUGGUACUCUCAUCGGUGCAUUAGUCGCCGCGCCAAUUGCUGAUCGCGUGGGUCGGAAAUGGUCCAUCAGCAGCUGGUGUUUAAUCCUCGUUGUUGGAGUCACCGUGCAGAUAUCAUCGCCUUCGGGUAAAUGGUACCAAUUUGCCAUGGGCCGAUGGGUAACCGGACUCGGAGUUGGUGCAUUGUCCCUGCUUGUGCCUAUGUACCAAGCUGAGUCUGGCCCAAGACAUAUUCGAGGUUCCCUCAUCAGUACAUACCAGCUAUUCAUCACCCUGGGAAUCUUUAUCGCCAACUGCAUCAAUUUCGGUACUGAAAAACAUACGAAUACCAGUUCCUGGCGUAUUCCGCUGGGAAUUACAUAUCUUUGGGCUUUAAUUCUAGGAGUCGGCAUGGUUUUCUUCCCGGAGAGUCCUCGAUACGACUAUCGGCACAACAAAGUGGAGCAGGCUAUGGAUAAUCUGGCAAAGAUCUAUGGAGUUCCACGUAACCACCGUGCGCUUCAGAUUGAAUUUGAUGAAAUCAAACAAAAAUACGAGGAGGAAGUUCGAAAUGGGCAGGUUACCUGGGUGCAGCUUUUCAAAGCCCCUACUAUGUCAUAUCGUGUGGCGGUUGGAGUUGCACUGCAAGCUCUUCAACAGCUAACAGGCGCCAAUUACUUCUUCUACUAUGGUACAACGGUAUUCCAAGGAGCCGGAAUUCAGAACAGUUAUGUGACGCAGAUGAUUCUCGGAGGUGUGAACUUCGGCACCACUUUCCUCGGUCUAUACCUGAUCGAACACUAUGGUCGACGACGCUCUCUUAUCAUUGGCGCACUCUGGAUGUUCGUCUGCUUUAUGGUCUUCGCCUCGGUUGGCCACUUCUCUCUUGACAGAGAACACCCCGAGAACACCAAGUCCGCUGGUGUCGCGAUGGUUGUGUUCGCCUGUCUUUUCAUUCUCGGGUUCGCAAGUACCUGGGGUCCAAUGGUCUGGACUAUUAUCGCAGAGCUAUACCCCUCGCAGUACCGAGCUCGUGGAAUGUCUCUUGCAACAGCAUCGAAUUGGCUUUGGAAUUUCCUGUUGGCGUUCUUUACCCCUUUCAUUACAAGUGCGAUUGAUUUCCGCUAUGGCUAUGUCUUUGCAGGCUGCCUUUUCCUUGCGGCGGGCUUGGUCUAUGUCGCAGUCAUUGAGGGCCAGGGUCGUACCUUGGAAGAAAUCGAUACCAUGUACCUCAUGAAGGUUAAGCCGUGGCAUAGCUCCAAGUUUAAGUUCCCGGCUGACCCUGGUGUUAUUCGUGGAUCUUUUGACAAAAAUGAGGGUGCCGGCUUGGGUGCUUCAUCUCACAUUCCAGACCCGACCACAGAGCUACAAGAGGACGGACAUGCAGUGGAAAGACCGGCCGAGGAAAGUCGAGUGUGA